ACGGGGCCUCUGUCCUGACACCCCGCUCGAGAGAGACUGACCUCCUUCGAGCCCUUCUGCUCCAGGAGGGAGAAGGCCUGGGCCUGCGGCCCCUUUAAAUGUUCUCCCCCAUCCCUUCCCCCUCUCCCUCAUCGCCUUCCCCCCUACGCCUGGCAGCGGCAGCUCCUGGAGAGAAUUACACAUGUGCGCCCACCAGCCUGUCCGUCCCCUGACUGUCCCCGACGUAAUUUCCCAUUUAGCAACUGGUUUAGCUGGACAUCCCUCAAAUAAUCCUGAGGUACCUGGGCUGCCGAGGGGAAACCCUUUCUGCCAGUGAGUCACCUGUUCAGUAUAAAACAGGCAGGACCAGCAACGGGCAGGGCCAGCAGCAGGCGCAGCGGACGGGGACGGCCACGAGUACGGUGGACGGGGCCAGCGACGGGCACGACGGAUAGGGCCACCCACAGGCACGGCGGGCACGACCGGUGACAGGGCGGACGGGGCCAGUGACAGGGACGGCAAGCGGAACCGGUGACAAGAGGCAGAGGAGGCAGGCCCGGCGGCUGGCACGGCGGGCAGAGUGGCCAGUGAAGGUUUGAUGACCGGGCUCAGACUGCUGGUGCUGGUCCUGCUCCUCCAACCAGCUGAGAACCGGGCUGUGCCUGGUAGGGCCAGCCUGGCCUGGGGACAAUGCCAGCAGCUGGCCCAAAGCAUCACCACACUGGCCUGGGGCAUCAGGCCGCUCGGCGAGCACAUGGAAAUGCCGAGAGAGGAGGGAGAGAGGAAGGCGGAGGACCCCACGCCCCAGAUCCAGUGCAGCGACCGCUGCGACCCCGACGGACUGGGCUCCGACGGAGAGCUCUGCCUGCGGCGGCUGCAGGAGGCGCUCACCUUCUACGGGCACCUGCUGGGCUCCGAUCUCUUCAGUGGGCAGCCCCAGCCCGGCCCCGUGGGUCAGCUCCGGUCCGACCUGCUGGACCUUGGCCGGCUCCUGCAGGUGGAGCCUGACUCCGGGGUGCCCACGCCAGCCUGGGAGCCCAGCCCGACAUGGCAGCGGCCUUUCCUGCAGCACAAGGUCCUGCGCGGCCUCCGUGCUUUCGCCGCCGGUGCAGCCCGCGUCUUCUCCCAUGGGGCGGCCACGCUCGGUGCAGCCCCUGCCUAGCGGUUGCGCUAGCGUCCGGCCCCGCACCCGGCCGGCGGCCCAGAGACGAAGGAGCGCUU